AUGUUGCGGGAUGUGCAGCAGCGCGACGCCGCGUCCCUCGCGCCGGUCGACGGCGACGGCCACGAGCGCAUUGUGCUCACGCCCACUCCGUCCCACGACACUGGCGAUCAAGGCUACGACCUCGUGUCGAUGUCGUCCGUCCCGUCACGCGCGCUGCCCCGUCCGAAGACCCGCAGUCGCGUCCACACUCUCACUGCAACAAAAGCGCUUUUUGCCGCGUGUCUCGUCCUGGCCGCCAGUGUGCGCGCGACGGUCGUGUCGCUGCUCUAUUUGUUCGCGUUUUGCUGCAGCAUUGCGCAAUGGUCGUUCGAGUCUCGAGCGCUUGCGUUGCUGACUCUGUUUGUAGCGCUUGUGGCGUGUGUCGGUCACGGCGCGAUCCAAAGCAUUGACGGGCGUCGACACAGUGGCGAUGCUGCAAGUGUAGCUGCAGUACUUGGCUUCUCGUCGACGCACAGGACUGUGCUCGAGUACUUGCAGGCAAUUGGGGUCGACGGGCUCGUGCUGGUGAGCAGUUGUGUGCACUAUUGGAGUGUAAGACGCGCACGACGCAAGCGGCUGUCGAUGGAAAAGCAGAAGCAAGACACGAGUCAACAGCACUUGGAUCUAUUUGAAAUGGGUGUGCAGUUCGUAACUGCUGGUGAACCCGAGCGGAAUCGGAGCUGCUCGACGCUCCGAGUGGUAGAGCUCUUGACGGCGCUGCUGCUUUUUCUCACAUCUGUGUCGGUGCCGGCGUUUGCCUCGGGAGUGCUCUAUCUCGUGCUGGUCGGGCGCUUGAUUGUGUACACAGUAUGUGUACGGAAGGUGACCGUGCAGGAGCUUGUCGCUCGCGAAUCGAGUGCUUCGUUUACAAGCUGUUUCUUGGGCCCAGUAGUCACGAACGUACUGCUGGGGUGUUGCCUCGUUAUCGUGCUUUCGUGGUAUGUGUUUCAUUUGGAUCCGUUGACAAACGAUGUGACUGCGCGGACAGUUGCUAAGUAUGCUGGUUUUGCCAACUUCCGUGACCGCGGCGUGCAGUGGCAGUACUUCCUCUUCGCGGGGUUCCUGUUCUUGCUCUUUGUCAGCUGUGCCAAGUUGCGUUCCUUGCAUCAUGCAGCAGCGAUCCAGGAUAAAGCUGGUUGUGCUAGAAGCCGCGCGUCUGGGUAUUGGAACAACGAUACUAUGGCAGCUGACUUUGGAUCCGUUAACAGUAGCGCUGCGCAAGCACUGCUUAGUCGACGCCGGACGGAGAGUGACGACAUCCAGAAACUUCUGAGCAAGCAGUCGAUUGUUGUGCGUGCUUUUGCCCGCGACGGGGGUCUUUUGCUGGGCAGCGCAGCGGCAAUCGUCUGGUGUGUAUCGUAUCCGUCAUACUUGUCAGCUCCAUUGUUAGGACUGGCGUUUGUGACGAUUGCGGUGUUCGGCCUGCUGUCGUCAUCGAUCUUCAUGUGGCUGUUUAUCGCAUAUGGAACACUAGUGGUGCUGGCGGAGUACACGAGCAAUCUCACGAUUAACUUUGUGCCGGGUGACUUGUCGGCGUACGGCUUGCGAGUGUUUGACUACCCGAUUUUGCAUAUCGGCGCGCAUACGCUUUGUGCCGUAUUCAUGUUCUUGUCCAUCCGAACACAGUGGCAUUAUCGAGACGUUCUCCGUGAGUCUCGAAAACGUCGCAACAGGACGAAAAGAGCCGACGUUGACAAUGACGUCGAUAAUGGCGACGAGGUGGUUCAGGACAGAGCGAGUUAUGCAAACUUUGUGCGUCUGGCCAAAUUACGCCGGCAACUCCAACAAGGGUGGCGUCCUGCUGUACACGUGUGGAUACUGGAUGCGAGGCAAUUUGUCGUUUUGCAUUUGGACGUGCUAGUUCUUGCUACGAUUUUGAUCGUGACACUGAGUACUGAUGUAUCAUUUCUUCAAGUGGGAUACCUGGUGCUUGCUGCGCUGCUCAUGCUGUUUUUCAAACAGCGACGGCGCUUCUGGCGUGUGCUACUGCUGUAUGCGCUUGGAGCAUGCUUUGCGGUGUUUAUUUGGAACGUCGAGUGCACGGGGAAUUCUGGGCUGGAGCUUUUUGGUUUACAAUGCUACUGCCCUGAUAUGCGCACAUGGAGAUCAUUGUGGCCGACGUUAUUUAGCGCUCAGCUUUUGAUCAUCUUUCAGUUGGUGUUCCAGCUUGUGAUUUACGUGACGAACAGUGAAGCAAUUGAGGAACACGUGGAAACCAAAGAGCAUGUUCGACAGAAGCCCGUGUUUUUUGUAUCUCGCUUGGCCGUCGAAAUCGACAAUUGCUUUCGUAUUUGUGGAGUACUGUUUUGCUACGCAGGUUUCAUUGUCGUGGCUGUUCAGUUCGAAACUGGACCAACCACUUUGAGCACCACGGUGAUCGGAGGCGUGCAAUUGGUGUUGUUCAUUGUCACAUUUGGCUAUCAAUUGGUGACUUUUGCGCCAAGAACGUCCAUGGUGCUGAAGCUGUUGUGGUCGUUAGCACUGCUGAUUGAAGUCACGAUUUUGGUGGUGCGAUACAUCUACCAAUUUGAACAGGUGUCAAGCUACAUGGAAUUGCACUUGUUCACUCCGUCUUUCGUUUCAGCUCAAGACUUCGGACUUGAGUACCAUGCGUCUACUGGCGGAAUCUCAGACGUGUUUGUGUACCUGCUGCCCACAUCAGUCCUAACGGGGCUCUGUUUUUGGCAGCUUUCGUCCAUGAGGAAGGAUAUUAUGCCAUAUGAUUUCUUCAGUGCCGACCGAAGUCGCGCGGCGCAUUGGAUUUGCGUUUGUAUGGAAACUGCCCGGUAUCUGUUGAUAUCGUUUAGUGCAAUCGCGCUAGUGAUUGUGACGAUGUGGGUUGCUCUCGACCAGAUCGGCUUCGACGGUUGGCUGUACGUCCUCACACUUAUAGGCGGUCGUGCCUUGUCUGGAGCGUGGACGCCGUUGUGGCUCCCCCUUUUCUGGCUUGCAGCGCUAUCGAUGCUCUUGAAGUACGUCAUUCAGGUCAGUGUUUUCAGCAUAGCGCAAUCAGGCACAGGGAAUAGCAACGUGCUGCCUGGAUCUGGUGAAAACAGCGACUGGGUUGGAAUGAUCCGCCUAAACGAUCGCUAUGGAGGCAACGUAGGAAAGUCUGCGCUGUGGGAUUUGCUAUCUGGGGACUUCUUGAUUAUUUUCAUGUGCUUACUACAGCGUAUGGCGCAGUACGUCGACUCGUCGUCGUCGAUACGUCAUAUAUUCGAAUUGGGUGAGUCCACUAUGCGAUUCGAAGAGCAGUACGCGAGCUAUAUAGCAAAAAAUGCAGAUGUAUACGACCGGACGUCUUCAUGCGAAGUCGUUGACGACAGUGAUCAUAACGAUCGAGCUCGGGCAAGCACGCAUGAUAACGACGGUGCUCUAUCUCCCGUUUCGAAAAGACACUUCGAGAUCGAACAAGAUAGUAGGCGGCUGAACCCCGCACCUCAGUCGCCAUCCUUUUCUGAUGACAAGACCUUCAUCUCUUGUCUGCGCAGGUUUGGAACCACGUAUGCGAGCACAGCAUCCGUGAACGUAGUGAUGCUCUUACUGACGGUGUCGUGCUUCGUCCACCAAGACGUUAUCGCGAUAAUGUAUCUACUGGUCGUGCGCAGUAUGAUGUUCGCAUACCCUUCGACAGUUUGUGAACGAUGGUGGGCUUUAGCGUGGCUCCUUUCCGUAGUAGUUGUGUUAGAGUAUUCGAUCAUGUUGUGGUUGCCCCCGUUCCUCAACGUCAAAAUGGAGGAAACGUUCCCGUGGCAGAAAAUGUCGAAUACUUAUGAGAUAUGGUUGGUGCCAAGCAACCAACACAAGUGGGCGGCGAUGGCAGACUUUGUGGCGCUGAUGGGCGUGUAUAUCCUGCCAGGUAUCGAAAAAACCGAAAAACUCACCGAAGAUGAGGACAAGAAAGAUGUGGUCGAUGAAACAGCAUUUGUGCACAAGUCGAAUGACGGCGGUGGGUUCAUUGGAGAGAGUGCGGAGAGCACGGGCUCAAUACGUCCCGUGAUAUCCUCAGAAGUAACUAUGUAUAUCAUGCUCACACGAAAGCAUGCUUGGUACUUCCUCGAGCAUGCUUUUCUUAUAAACUGGUUACCCCUGCUUCUUUUCCUGGUCUUCGUGUUUGGCGCAAAGCAUGGCGGCGUCGUGUCCGUCGCAUAUUUAUUGGGUGCUCUGAUGAUGCUGUACCGACUGGAUGAAGCGCGCGAGCCGUCAAAUUUGUGGAUCCAGUAUAUGCGCAAGUGGAAUUGGGCCCACUUGUUUGUUAUUACUAUCAUCAACGUGCCCACUGUCUAUGCUGCCCUAAGUGAGUGCGUCAUUGGGACAAAAGCGAGCGACGACGAUAGCUGUAUGACUGUGGCCAAUCUUCUGGGUGUCGAUGCAAACAAGACUCCCUAUGGGCUGAUUGCUCUUUUCGUGCUGAUCUCGAUCCAGUGCGAGAUCGUUGCUGCGCCAACGUAUCAAAUUGCACUUGCAAUCCUAGCCAGCGAGCAAAGUAGUGCGUCGAUCCGGCGCGAAGCCAUCGUACGCGAUUUCUACCGACGACGAACGGAGCAGUGGUACAUAAUGAAGAGGGACAAGAACGCAGCUAUUCAGCGUCUCAAAAUGAUCGUGUCAAAGCUCGUUCACAAGGUCGAAGAGCUUAUGGACAUUGCUCUGGGACUACACCACAACUUGCCGCCAAUGGCACCGUCCAAGCCUGUUGCUACCGAUCGAACUCAAAAUUCGGCAACGAUUUCGUGGGAGAAGCCAGCAUACAGUUAUCACAAAAUCCGCUACUACCGCAUUUCAAGGCAGCAGUUUCCGUCGCUGACACUCCUUGGUGAUUUUGGAGAUAUUGUGGAAAUCAGCGGCGACCGUAGUGAGGCCAGGAUCGAAGGUCUCCGUCCAGGAACGAGUUAUCAGUUUAAGGUGUGUGCUGUUUCCCGGCUGGGAGAAGGUCCGUAUAGUUCCGCCAGUGACCCCAUCGCAACGUACUCGCUGAACCUAAGUGGCACCACGACGGCUGGCUGGAUGAAGUAUCGUCGAGAAAAGCUUCCUGCCCCUCGCUUUGACUUCUUGGUCUCCUGGAUGAAAGCAAGGUACCUCCACCGGUAUGUAGUGCUCGACUCGAGUCACUUGGUGUUUUACCAAGACGAAGAACGAGCGCUCAUGCACCGCAGUCGCAAACACAGGAAACGCCUGAAAACCUCGUUCAAAUGGCGCGAUGUCACUUCACUCAAACUGAGUGACUCGAAGGUGCAAUUUGACGACGUCUCGCCGUCACUCUACUGUUUCGAGAUUGUUGUGCACCAUCCUUGCCGUCGCGGAGCUAUGAAGUACGUGUUUCAGUCGGAGCUGUCAAAGGAGUUCAACAUGUUUCUGUCGGCCUUGGCUUUUGCUGCUCCUCGCGACUCUUUAGAUGACAGCAUCAUCAACUGCCUCAAGGACCGUCAACUGCCAAAUCCUAUGGAUACGAAGCUGCCACAUUGUGGUGGCGAAGUCGAGGCAAACUACGAUGAAAGCAAGAGUGAGUGGAGCAGUGUGACUGGAGAUGGAAGCACACUCGGUGACCCUGAAGAUGAAGAGUUUGACGACAAGAGCGCAUUCGUGUGGCGAAUUCCCUCGUACAGGCUCUUGUACAAUAUCCAAAACGCUGGAUUUAAACUGGAGACGACUCCAUACGAAGAAGAUGACUUUCACGAGCCUUCCCUGCUCGAGAUCGCACAACUCGCCAUCAACGGGGCCCGCAGCGAAAGUGCGAGCAUCUGCUGCUUAGCCCUGGUUAUUUGCUUUACUGUACAGGCGGACUUCCUGAACAUGGUCUUUGUGGUCUCUGCCUUUGCAAUCUUGCUUGUUGAGAACCCACGCCCAUCUCCGCUGAUUUGGACCCACUUGCUUGCUUACUCGUGCUGCAUUAUUGGGCUGCGGUAUGUAUUCCAGUUGUCAGUUUUCUGUACUGGAAUGACGAACCGUGGCUACUUUUACCCGAGUGUUGAGCCGUACUGCACGACCGCAACUGAUGCGGCCACUAACGCCAGGUCCAUCCAACCAAUGGUGCUACUUGGCUUGUACAAGUUUGAUGGUAUUGCGAUCGCCAACGUGACGUCAGUGUAUGAUGGUCUCCAAUGGGACUUUUACGUCAUGCUUCUUCUGCUGUGGCAUCGACGAGAACUUCGAAUGCAAGGAUUGUGGAGCGAAGCGUAUAGUGGAGACGACGUUGACGAUCAGGCAUCAUCGCGGUACAAGUCUGAGCUGAUGCGCGAGCUGCGAUCAUCUUUUCCCUCUUCACAGGACUCGAUCGAUGACGCUUUCUCUUACGACGGCCCGGUAAACAGCAAAAAGCUCAAGCAAGCCAAAAGCUUGCGCAGUCACGAGUCCACCUCGCCACGCAGCAGCAAACACCUUUUGACAGCGAGAAGGGCGUCGAUGGGUGUCAGUGCUGCUUGUGUGAACAACUCGGAACUAUGCAACGAAGUUGCGACUCAAGUGAUAGAGGAAAUGCUCGAGCAAGAAAAGCUGGAGGCGGAUCAGAAGUCGGCGUCGACUGCCGCUUUCGAUGAUACUGUUGCGCGUUCUCCCUCGUCACGUCGAUCGAACGAGUGUUCUGGUCUCUCGCCUCGGUCUCCUAGUAUGGGAGAAGACAUCGUUGUCUCGAAACAGAUAGAGAUGGACGCAAACGCGUCAGAGCAUGGAUUCCACGCUGGCGCAAAGAAGUCAUGGCUUGCUGAGAGGUUCCCCAAAGUACACGCGUAUUUCCAGACCGUCAUUUGCGAGCCGCCCGCCCAAUGGGAUAAGGAUAUACAAGUGGCUAUCACGGGCGAAAAACCUGGCCGCGACUUUUACACCGCGUCCCUGUCCGUGCUUCUGCUGUCGUCGAUUUAUGCGGUCAUCUUUUACAAGGAACUCGGUGAGGCAGAUUCGAGCGAUACGUCGGUAGCUGAUGCAGAUAGCCGAGUGUCAUCAUCGUCGCUACUUUCCGGCAAUCUCGUCCUGCUGGUGUUGACCGAGCUGAUCUUCAUCGUAUGGGAUCGAGUGGCUUAUGUCUGCUCGUCGCUGCAAUCCAAAGUGAUACUGCAGUAUUCGUACACGUUCGUGCUCCACUUGGCCGUGUGGUACUUACUUCCGAGUGUCAGCAACAUCUACUUCCAGCAACGACCCGCGCUUGUGGCUUUUUACCUGUUCCAGUGUGUUUACCUCUGGUUGGGUGCACUACAAAUACGUUGUGGGUACCCAGCGUAUCUCGGCAGCCGGUACAAUUACGCUAAAGCCACAAGUGUGACAGCAAUCAGCGAGACGUUGUUUGGUUUGAUGAUGCUGGCGCCGUUUCUGUUCGAGAUGCGGGCUUUGCUGGACUACUUGUGCAUGAAAACGUCGCUCAGUUGGCAGCAUUGGAUUCUCUUGGAAGACACUGUGGCACAUGUGUUUGGCGUGAAGGGCAUCAUGAAGAGUCGAGUUGAGGCGGCAGACAUUCUCCAAGGCAAGAAUCGUCAGCCGAUGAAGACAAAGAUGAUGUCGGCGGGUGUGAUGCUGUUGUUUCUGCUGAUUUGCCUCGUCGGUCCACUGGCAAUGUUCAGCUCGAUCAACCCCAGCACAACCGCAAAUAACGUGACGUUGACGACUGUCACGUUCGGCAUUGAGGAUGAAAAGGAAACUAUGAACGAACUGUACUCAAGCAGCGACAGUAACAGUCCGUCGUGCGAGGUGGACCUCAAUACGGAUAGCGCAUCGACGCAGUGCAUUGAGUUUGAUGUGUUUUCCAACAACAUGUGGGGGCUUUCUCCCCCGCGUAUGGACCUACUUGUGACGCAGUUACAGUCCACGAAGACGCUCAAGUGGGCCAUCACCUUUGCUUUCACGCGCCCUGGUCCUACUGAUCGCAAAGUGAUUACAGCCAAAUAUUCAACCAGAGUGACUGACGAGCAUCGGAACGCACUGAUUCCAAUGAUCAAACAAACGUUAACAGAUGAUGAAAGCACGACGCUGCCCUCUGUCCAAAUUGAUGACCUCUUACCUGCUGUCGUGCAGCUCACAGCAAGUAAUGGCGUGCUCCGGCGUUCUACUGAGAUGCGCUCGGUGACAAUCAGCAAACACUCAUUGGGUGGGUCAACGUGGUGGAACAUUGAGCCUAUCAAGAGCUCACGUGGCUCAAACUACUGCUCGGCUACCUAUCCGUUCUGCAUCGUUGCAGUCUCGGAUCGAAUCGUGCAAGGACUGACGACACUCGGCAUUAGCUCAUAUGGACUCACGGCUGUGUACGUUUUUGUGGUAGUCACAGUGGGCAGUGCUGUCAAGGUGUUUUUCCGCGGCAAGCUAUUCCGGAUCCAGUAUGACGAACUACCAGACCCCGGAGACGUGCUCGAACUCGUGGAAGGCAUUUACAUUGCACGGCACGAGCAGUAUGUGGGGCAUUUGAAAGACGAAGUGCGUCUGUUUGAGACACUCGUGCGCGUGCUACGGUCGCCGGAGACGCUACUGAAGGUGACAGGCGUCAACGUCAUCCACAUCCCGACUGCAAAGGAAAAGCUUGAUUGA